AUGGACAGCUUCAACUUCACAGACGAAGGUGGGCGCUCGUUCCAAUAUUUAGUCCAGAAUGUGGAGCCUCUCUAUAAAGAAUACAAGCCUCCUCCCAGAGACCUGAUCCAGCUGCCCAAAUCUGUGAUAUACCUCCUCAUGGCUGCGCUGGUGGUGGUCGCUGUGGCCUAUGCCAUCGUGGGGCAUCUCAUCAAAGACUUAAUGCUGGAUAUAACAGAUUGCUUGUUAGGGCCUUUCGAGGAUGAUCUGAAGAAGGAUGUGGAAGCAGAAGGCCGGGGCCAGCUGCACAUCCCGGUCUCCGUCAGCCACACGCACCAAAACGCCUUCCACGUGUGGGAACAGGACGACGUCAUCAUCCCCAUGACGCCCCGCCCCGAUAGCCCCGCCCACAGCCCCAUGAUGGCAGUGAUCCCCUACAUGCCGUCCUUCUUCCCCCAUGCCCUGCACCACAUGAGCAGCCCCAUGCACAUCAGAGCCUACCUGAGCCCAAAGGAGAGUGAGGACAGAGCGGACGAUUCAUGA